GCAGGCAAAAAUUUCGCGAAAUUGCAAUUUGCAACUUGGGCCAAACUUACUGGCCCACCGCAAAGAUGGCUAAGAAAAUGUACAAUGCUAUUCCCGCCGGCUUCGAGGACGACGAGGAUACACUGGAAGACUACAUGAUAAAUUUGAAAAUAAAGCGCUUGGAGAACAUCACAACAGGUGCUGGAAUUAAUGGAACAAACUUUGAUGCCACCCUGGACGCUGAAGCACAGGAGUUCUUUACGGUGUUUCGCGAAAAAUGGAACAUGUACAGCAAGAACAAGUCGCCCCACCUGGGCCGGGACCUCGGCAAUGAACUGAAGGACCACAAAGAGCCGCUGCUGCUGGCCCUCAAGAUCUUUGCCAAUUGUCCCGACUGCAGCAACAUAAAGCCGAAAAGCCUGUCACACUUUGUGCUGGACACAGUGUGCAAGCUGCACAUGGAUUAUCCGCAGCUUGUUUGUGAUCAGAACACCAGCAUGAUAGCGUUUAAUUUCGUCAAGACCUCGGGUUUGCUCUCACUCAACAAUGCCAUAAUCGAGACGUACCGCCUGCAUCAGAUACGCAAUCUCCUGCUGCCAAAGCUGCGCGAGAUGCUGGACUCUGGCCUGUACAAGGAGGUGGCUCAGUGGGCCAUCAGCUUGCAGGUGGCAAACGAAUUUGAUAUGCUGGAGCUGGCGUUUCCACUGAUUGCACAGGAGAAGCUGCCGCUGGUCGAAGAGUACCUGGAGCAAGCGAUAGCACAACGUCAGCCGCUUGUUAAGUUUCUUGACUCGCUGCUGCACAAAGAUAAGUCGGUCUUUGAACUCUGCGAGCCCAUUCUGAACCGCUACAAGAACGUUAAGAUCUCGCAUAAUGUCCUGAGCUAUCGCCCCAUGUCGAAGAUGGUGGCGCGUCUGGCCAAGAAGUACGGCUUCGACGAAGGCGUCACGCCGAACUACAAGUUCACAAAAACCUGCGGCUACUUGCAUUAUCUGUUCCGCGAGUACGAGAAGUCGCGUAUAAAUCAGGCCAGCUUUCGGGAGAUGGUUAGCGUGCAUGCCUCCGAUUAUGCUCUCCAGGUGGACUUUGUCAAGUAUGUGGCGGGGGCACAAGAUUCACGCAACGAAGCUGUAUACUGGUACAAAGAGUUUAAGCUAAAUCCCAAGGAUUGUCCGCACGACAUUCUAUCGCGGAUCUCACGCGGCAUCGACGAAGAAGAAGCGCCCCAAGCCCCUGAUGAUAAUGGGGCCACAUCUUCGGCCACCGGCUGUGAUAUGUACCUGACCAUGGAUUUGGCAGACGAUUGCCUCAUCACCGUGGACACGGCCACACAAUUCGACCUUAUGCUUGGCCAUCUGCAGCGCGAACAUAUCAUCUACAUGGACUCGGAGUGGGUGCAGAAUGUGUGCGGGGAGAGCCAGCUCUGUCUGCUGCAGAUUGCCACCGUGCGCAAUGUCUACCUGAUCGAUUGCCUGGCCAGGCAGAGCAUCACAGCGGAUCAUUGGCGUGCCCUCGGAGCGGAUGUAUUCAACAACAUGAACAUCCUGAAGGUGGGCUUCUCCAUGUACAGCGACUUGACGGUGUUGCAGCGCUCGCUCCCGCUGCAAUUGCGCUUACAGUUGUCACAUCAUUAUCUGGAUCUGCGCACCCUUUGGCUGGAGUUGAAGAAGCAACGCUAUGCCAUUAGGCUGCCAUUUGGUAAUGUGAAUCGUGCCGGGGAUGCCCUAUCGGAUCUGUCGCUGGUGUGCUUGGGCAAGAAGUUGAACAAGUCAAAUCAAUGCUCGAAUUGGGCCAAUCGUCCGCUGCGUCGCGAGCAGAUAUUGUAUGCAGCCAUCGAUGCGCGUUGUCUGAUGCUUAUAUACAACACAUUGCUGAAUCGCGUGCCCAACAUCAGUACGGCGAUAGACAAGAGUAUUGCUAGCAACAAUUUCCUGAAACGCGGCGGCAAUGCCAAUGUCAAGUGAUGCGAUUUGGAUACGGAUACCUCUCAGCCCUUGUCUGGUGAUUCUCCUUGAAGCAAUAUAAUGCCACCAAAAACACACACAAAGGCAUGUUUGUUUCCCCUUACCCCUACCCUCUUAAUCGUAAGUUCAAUGUUAAAGUUGAAGAGUAUUUAAAGUAAGUUUAAUGGCAACUCCUUAUUAAGUGUAGUCUUUACGAAAAUCGGAAAAUCAAAAGUAGCAACCCCUGAAGGACGGAAUAUUAUUAAUCUAAUUUUUUCUG